UGCCGGGAGAUCAUCAUCUAAGCAAGCUUCCUACUGUCGGCAGCCGCAAUGCUUCCUGUUACUGCUGAUCUCUCCAGUUAAUCAUUCUCUCCCGUGUCACCCCGCCGGCCAGAAAACCGGUCCAAAGGUUAAAAAGAAAAAUCCAAAGUUCCCUAUUGCAGGAAUGUAUUGCACCCAUUGGCUGAAAUAUAUGCAAACAACACAAAGCCUUCUUCAUUAUUCAAUCAACCGGAAGGGUUCCACCUCAAUGAUGAAUUUACUCAGGCAUAAAAAUGCAAAAAGGAUUGAAGGCCUCGAUAAGAAUGUGUGGAUUGAAUUUAGUAAGUUGGCUGCUGCGCCAGGAGUGGUCAAUCUCGGUCAGGGAUUCCCAGACGUGCCUCCACCUCCUCAUAUAACAGAAGCCUUGGCUAAUGCUGCAGUGGGUGAAAAUUUCAUGCUGAACCAGUACACAAGAGGAUUUGGUCACCCUCCAUUAGUGAAGGCACUUGCUGAAUUAUAUGGACAUAUAUGUGGACGUUCCAUUGAUCCAAAUAAAGAGAUUCUGGUAACAGUUGGAGGCUACGGUUCUCUUUCUAGCUCUAUACAAGGACUGGUUGACGAGGGAGAUGAGGUGAUUAUCAUUGAGCCAUUCUUCGACUGUUAUGAGCCAAUGGUUAAAAUGGCUGGAGGAAUCCCAAUCUUCAUCUCACUAAAGCCAGUACAAGAGAAAGUCGAGCAAGGCAUAAGCAAUAGUGGAGAUUGGAAACUCGAUGAAGAAGAGCUUUCUAGUAAAUUUAAUUCUCGGACCAAAGCAAUAAUCAUUAACACACCCAAUAAUCCAUUGGGCAAGGUAUUUAAAAUGGAAGAACUGAAGAUGAUCGCAGACCUGUGUAUUAAGCAUGAUGUUCUCUGCAUCAGUGAUGAAGUGUAUGAGUGGCUCGUGUACAAUGGACAUAAGCACAUCAAAAUAGGCACUUUGCCAGGCAUGUGGGACAGGACUAUUACCAUUGGAAGUGCUGGGAAAACCUUUAGCGUGACUGGCUGGAAGCUUGGUUGGUCGAUUGGUCCAGCGCACCUGAUAAAACAUCUUCAGACUGUUCAACAAAACACCAUUUAUACUUGCAACACUCCUGUUCAGGAAGCUGUUGCCCAAGGUAUUUGGAAGGAAUAUGGCCGCCUGACAGAUAAGGAUUGCUACUUCCUGUCUCUACCUCGUGAGCUGGAUGCGAAACGCAACCGCAUGGCCAAGUUUCUCCAUGCUGCCAGGAUGAAGCCAAUCAUCCCCGAAGGCGGUUACUUCAUGAUUGCCGAUGUUUCCGCAGUAGAUGUGGAUCUCUCUGAGAUGGAAGAGAAUGAGCCUUAUGAUAACCGCUUUGUGAAGUGGAUGAUUAAAAACAAGCAACUGGCAGCAAUUCCUGUGACCUCAUUUGUAAGUGACCAAUCCAAGUGCCAUUUUGAGAAAUAUAUUCGCUUCUGCUUUAUCAAGCAAGACAGCACUUUGAAUACAGUGGAGACCAUUCUGAAAAACUGGAAAUGAACGCCAUUGCUUCACUAACAAAGUAGCAAUCUGCAUAUCAACCAGUGUUGGCCUUAAAUUUCAUUUUGAGUGAACAGGUAGUCUUCAGCUCUUCCUUGCUUUCCUCAAAGCACCGAAUUCAACAGGUCAAAGAUUUGCAGCAAUUGGGAGUCUGUUAAAUGUCGUUUGGUUUUUAUAGUUUCACCUGGAAGUAAUUGAGAUUGGUAUGGUUCUACAAUACAAUAACGCACAUCCAUGUUGAAAACUAUUUGGUAUAUAUCUGACAAUCACAUGGUUCUCUUCAAGCAAACAAAUAUAUAAGUAGAUUUUCUUCAGUUCCCAACCGGAGUAAGAUAUUCUGAACACUGUAAAAUUGUGGUUUAAUUACUCUUAACUUGAUGCUCCAAUAACAACGUCACUUGCUGCAGGAAAGGGUUUGGAAAGCCUACCCUCUGGUGUUUGUUUUUUUACACACGUUGGACACAUUGUUUUAAAAAAAACCAGCAUGAACACAGAAGAACUGAAGAUAAAAUAUGCUCCAAGAGUUUUGGGGAGAUUUUGCAUUUUUUGGUACAAGCUUGAUUAACAUUUUUUGACUCCAGAAUUGAAGAUUCUAAGUAUUAUGGCAUUAAUUUGUCAAGCUUAUUUGGUUUUUUUUUAUUUGUGUUGAAGAAAACUCUUGAAUGACAAAUCUAUUUGAAAUGUAUGAACCUUAAUACACAGCGGAAGUGAAAGA